AUGAUCUCGCCAAGGGCGUCGUCGCCACGGCCCGGCAGUCGUUCCGCGAUCUCUUCGUCUGGAAGCAGCGUGUCGUCCUCUCCAACGAGUACGCUCUCGGCCAAGGACUGGCUCUUUUUCGUCGUCGGUUUCAGCUCCUGGACCGCCGACGCCUUCGACUUUCACGCCCUCUCCAUCCAGACGGUGAAGCUGGCCAAGUACUACCACCGCAGCAAGACGGACAUCACGACGGCCAUCACCUUGACCCUCCUGCUGCGAUCCAUCGGUGCCGCCGUCUUCGGCCUCGCCGGCGACAAAUGGGGACGCAAGUGGCCCAUGGUCUUCAACAUGAUCGUCCUCGGCCUGCUGCAGAUCGCGACGAUUUACAGCUCGACCUUUGAGCAGUUCCUCGCCGUACGAAGCUUGUUUGGCCUCUUCAUGGGUGGUGUCUACGGAAAUGCCAUUGCCAUGGCGCUGGAGCAGUGCCCUGCAAACGCGCGUGGCUUGAUGUCGGGCAUUUUGCAACAAGGCUACUCGUUGGGGUACGUCUUGGCGGCAUGCGCCAAUCUUGGCGUCGGUGGCGGCGUCGAGACGUGGAAAACCGUCUUUUGGAUUGCCGCCGGUCUCUCCAUCGCCGUCGGUCUGGUUCGCAUUUGCUUCCCCGAAUCGAAGCAGUUCCUCGAGGCCAGGGAGGCCAAGAGGGCCGGCCAUGGCUCCAAGGGCACGUCGCUCGGUUCCUUCUGGCGCGACACCAAGAAAAUGCUGGUCAAGGAGUGGAGGAUGUGCGUCUACUGCAUCUUCCUCAUGACGUGGUUCAACUUUUACUCCCACACGUCGCAGGACUCGUACACGACCUUCAUGUUGACGCAAAAGGAGCUCGACAACGCCGGCGCCUCGCGCGCCUCGAUUCUCAUGAAGGCCGGCGCUUGCGUCGGCGGUUGCAUCGUCGGAUACCUGAGCCAGUUCUUCGGUCGCCGUCGCGCCAUCAUGGCCUCGGCCCUCAUGUCGGCCCUGCUCAUUCCCGCCUGGAUCCUGCCCGAGGGCGAGCGAGCCCUCAGCGCCACGGGCUUCUUCAUGCAGUUCUUUGUCCAGGGAGCCUGGGGCAUCAUCCCCAUCCACCUCAACGAGCUGUCGCCCGUGGCCUACCGCUCCACGUUUCCCGGCGUGACGUACCAGAUUGGCAACAUGAUCUCGUCUCCGUCGGCGCAGAUCGUCAACGCCAUCGCCGAGAGGACCUUUGUCACGCUCGGUAACGGCCGCCGCGUCGAGGCGUACGGGCCCGUCAUGGGCAUCGCGACGGCCAUCAUCGCCCUGGGCAUCAUAUUCACCACCAUGUUUGGUCCCGAGAGGCGCGGCCGCAGCUUCGAGGCCAAGGUCGCGGGCAUGGAGAGCCCUCGUUCGAGCGAGGCACCGGAUGACGGCCUGCCGGAUGCGGAGAAGGCGCACGUCGAGCUGGAGGAGAAGAAUUGA